ACGUUUGUUAAACGUCCUGUGUUCCGUGGGGUGUAGCAUUUGAUUAUUUUAUUGAAAAAACAAUAUUAAUUAAAUAAUUUAAUAAUAUACUUUAAAAAUGGAUGACCAAGGAAGGAAAGUUAUCGUUUGUGAUAACGGCACAGGCUUUGUUAAGUGUGGAUAUGCCGGUAGUAACUUCCCAGCAUUUAUAUUCCCAUCGAUGGUCGGCAGACCGAUUAUAAGAGCUGAAAAUAAAAUCGGCGACAUUGAUGUCAAGGUAUAUUAUUUUCAGGAUUUAAUGGUUGGCGAUGAAGCGUCACAGUUACGAUCUAUGCUUGAAGUCAGCUAUCCUAUGGAGAAUGGCGUGGUGCGGAACUGGGAGGACAUGUGUCACGUUUGGGACUACACGUUCGGGUCGAGCAAGAUGAACAUCGAUCCCAAGGAAACUAAGAUACUGCUGACGGAACCGCCCAUGAACCCUACCAAGAAUAGAGAGAAGAUGAUCGAGGUCAUGUUCGAAAAAUACGGUUUCGACAGCGCCUAUAUCGCUAUACAGGCUGUUCUAACGCUCUACGCACAGGGUCUUAUAUCGGGAGUUGUUGUAGAUUCGGGUGACGGUGUUACUCAUAUCUGUCCGGUUUACGAGGAGUUCGCACUCCCUCACCUCACGAGGAGGCUCGACAUUGCGGGUAGAGAUAUCACACGGUAUCUUAUAAAGUUGCUCCUCCUCCGCGGUUACGCGUUCAACCACUCGGCGGACUUCGAGACGGUCCGUAUGAUGAAGGAGAAGCUCUGCUACAUCGGGUACAACGUGGAACAGGAGCAGAGGUUGGCUUGGGAGACGACGGUGCUCGUUGAACCUUAUGUGCUACCGGACGGCCGAGUGAUCAAGGUGGGGGGUGAGCGGUUCGAGGCGCCCGAGGCGUUGUUCCAGCCGCAUCUCAUCAACGUGGAGGGGCAGGGCAUCGCGGAGCUCGUCUUCAACACUAUACAGGCGGCCGAUAUCGACAUGCGCAACGAGCUGUACAAGCACAUCGUGCUGUCGGGGGGCUCCACCAUGUACCCCGGCCUGCCGUCGCGCCUGGAGCGCGAGAUCAAGCAGCUCUACCUCGAGCGAGUGCUCCGGAACGACUCCGACAAGCUCGCCAAAUUCAAGAUCCGCAUAGAGGAUCCCCCGCGACGCAAGGACAUGGUGUUCAUCGGAGGUGCCGUCCUGGCCGAGGUCUGCAAGAACCGGGACAACUUCUGGCUCACGAGGCAGGAGUACCAGGAACAGGGUAUAUCCUGUCUCCGGAAACUGGGCCCUCGAGCGAGUUAAUACAAACAGUAUUAUAUAUAUUGUAAUCUACUUAAGGUCAUUUCCAAUAGUUAUCAUAGUUGUUUUUAUACUUAAUGAGAUUUAAUUAAUAGAUACAUUAAUUUAAUCGACUAUUUGCGGUUUAAAGUGUUUAAUAUGAAAUAAAAAAGCUCUCAAUGUAAAAAUUGUUUUGUCAACGUCAAUAUAUAGAAAACAAUGUGUAAAUAUUGCGAAGACGAAAUAGUGUACAGACAAGGUUUGAAGUUCAUUAAAAUACAUAUAUGAAUAUAAAACUAAUUUCAAUGACAGGAGUACACGAUGACGUCGUCUGACGCUCGAAAUUAUACGCUGACGUCAUCUGACGCUACAAUUAAAAAUAUAAUAAACAAUUGUUUGUAUUGUACGAUAUAGAGGUAUUAACGAAUCGGGGAAUAAGUAACUCUAAGGUUUGUUUAAUAUUUACUGCUGUCAUUGGAAUAGACUUAAUAAUUGUAUGAUUGAGAGCUGUAAAGUUCAUGGAUUUUAACUAUACGUAAAACCGAUUGGUGUUAAAACGAUAUCUGAUCCCUAUAUGAGCUUUAUAAAAGGCUGAAUAUGCACAAUAUUGCGAUCAAUUUCUCUAUUUCUGUGUUACAGUUGGAACUGUUUUUGGGUCAUUAUAACUUUUGACUGACAAUUAACUGGACUAAAUGUAUUAAGUUAAUUUAUUUCUAUAUUUAACGAAUCGUUAUUUCGUAUCGGUAAUCGUGUUUGAGUUACGAGCCGUUAAAGUCGUUCAUACAUCAAAUAAAGGCGAUUUACGAAACUUUUUUUUAUCGGACCCUUUUGAAAUACGUUUGGUACACAAUUCGACCAUACUAAAGGAAAAUAAAUCGUUUAUUCAUAUAUCUUAUUUAAAUAUCGCUGGAUUAUUUCGUUAAACUUAUAUAUACAUAUAUAUAUUAUAUUGAAAUUCUGUAUGUUAUGUCUAUAUAAAUAUAUAUGUUUAUGUCACAUACAUUUAUGUGACAUUAACAUAUAAUAAAAAAAAUAUUUAUAAUCUGAGAAACACACGUAACAUUGUAUAUCGAUGAUAACUAGAUUAGUAUCUCGACAGCGUGUUUAAGUAUAGCGAAUGUACUUUGCUAAUAUAUUUAGUAGUAUAUAUGUUAGCUUUGGGCAAGCUCGUCUGGGUAGGUACCACCCACUCAUCAGAUAUUUCACCGCAAAACAGCAGUACUCGGUAUUUUUUAUGUUCCGGUUUGAAGGGUGAGUGAGCCAGUGUAAUUACAGGCACAAGGGACAUACAUCUUAGUUCCCAAGGUUGGUGGCGCAUUGGCUAUGUAAGCGAUGGUUGUCAUUUCUUACAAUGCCAAUGUCUAUGGGCGUUGGUGACGACUUACCAUCAGGUGGUCCAUAUGCUCGUCCGCCUUCCUAUUCUAUAAAAAAAACACAAACUACAAUACAUACAGAUGGAUAGAAGUCAAGGUUAUAGAAAAAACUAACUUAACAUAUGUCAGUCAAAAGUAUUUUUUAAAUUAUGUCAGUCAUAUAUAUUUUGACCUGAAUAGAGUUCUUGCUGUAACAUAUAAAUUACCUCUAAAGUAAAUAGCCAAGGAAAUCCCUUAGAAUUUGACCGGAAGUUGAUAUAAUUAUAAUGUAUUUAAAAAUGUCUUGCGUUAUUAAAAUAAUAUUAAACAUAAAACUUAUCGAAAUUGAAGUUCUAAGACUGUUUUAAUUUGCAUUUAAAGUAUUCUUUUAUCAUUAAUAAAUUUUAUACAAUCAUAUAUGAAGACUAUGCAUUCUAAUAAAGGCGAUAUAUUAUU